ACAUGUAUUAGCUGUUAGGCCCUCCUUAUUCAAAUUUCCUUCAAAACUUGAGUUUUCUUACAAUUGUCAUUGCUCGGGUACCUUGAGAUCCUGUUUGAUUGCUCUGUCUGAGUAUUGUCUGUAUUGCUUUAUGUUAUCAUUAUUAUUAGCACCAUUGGUUCUCUGAAGGAAACGUCUGAUUAUCCUGGGCUUCAAUGGCAUCAGUAGACCGAGGAGGCAGUGGUUAAUAAAAAGUACCCAUUUUCUCGUGAAGAUGUCCUCCACAGAACAAGUUCCCAACUUGAAGCAAUCCCCCUCAACAGACCACCCUCCGGUGGCACCGAGCGCCAAGGUCAAGAGUAAAAAGAAGAAAAAGAAGAAAGGCAUAGCUCCGCCAUUCCAGACGUUUGAAGUUGUAACCUCGAAUGGUGAAGAUGGUGGCUACACGACACUUCGAAUGGUGACUUCCAUCGAUGUCCUGCUCGUUGACAACAACAACAACAACAACAAUAGUCACAACAAGGAGCUCUACGACUUUACAAGGCAUCCUGGUAACAUUCGCUGCCGCAAAUUUGUCAAGUUGUCCCUAUCCAAGUUGGAUGCGCUGACGACAGAGACCGCGACGAGAGAAGAUCUGGAAGAAGGGUUUGCCGAGAGAGUGGUCAAAACAACGCGAGAGCAAUUUGGCGCCCUUUUCUUGAAGAGAGUCGACCCUGCCAAUGUCAACUGUACACAAUGGGUGGAAGCUGGAAACCCUGAGAGCACACAAGAAGUAUUGCAAAUGUAUCGGAACCAAAAGGCAAAGCAGCUUCCCUCGAUCAAGACCGAACGCAUCGUCAAGACCGAGGCACCGCCACCACAACUAGAAUGGCAGCGACAGCCUCACGCCAAUGGACAUGACGAUCCAGUCUUGCAGCAACCACCACCACAGGAGUUCCCACAACCAUCACCGACGCAAAACACCCAAGAGGAUCUUCAGAAUCAGCAGGAUACCCAAACACAACAGGAUCAAUUUCCCGAACCAAUGCAAGAGGAUCCGGUGGAACAACCAAUACAUCAGGAACAACCGGCUCUCCAUCAGCAAGACAACCAAUUGCAACUUAACCAUCAUGAUGAACCCAUGGAACAGGAUCCGGUUGAGCAACCCAUGCAUCAGGAACUGCAGGAUCAACAACCAAUGUCACUAGCAGCUCUACCUGAACCGAUGGGACCUGCAUCGCCAGGGUCUGUUGCCGGUCUAGGAAUUGUACACGAGGCUCAUGUGCAGCAAGCAAUCUUUGCAGCUCGGGACACACCUUCAGGAAAGACCGACAACCCCAGUAGCGUUGCAGCAGCAACUCCCCCGCUUGGUUUGAUGACGCAGUUUCCUCCGAUUCCAAACUCGGCAGUACUAUCUCCCGGAAUGGCUUUUGUACAACAGUUACCCACUACUCCAGCCAUGCCUCCAUUGAUGGGCACUGCCCCCGAACGACAAUCCAUGACACCAGCUUGUCCCGAUUUGCCCGCUCUGCCGGGGAUGGCCAAUCCGUCUACUGUCCCUGAACAAGCUGUCGAUCCACUCGGUACCAAGCCAACAAGUCUUAAAAAGCCACCGCCAGAGCAACCAACAACGGCUCAACCAGUCAGCGACCAACCAGUUCCCGUCAAGCGAAAACGAGGUCGUCCACGAAAGGGCGAAAUCGUACCCCCGAAACCAAAGUAUGUGGGACCCAAGAGAAAGCGAGGGCGUCCUCGCAAAUAUCCAUUGCCUCCACAAAAGUUGAUUGAUCGGCCACCGGCAAAAUCAAAGGAAGCAGGCGAUGCGAACGAACUUCCAAUCACCAGAGAUGCAAGGGGACGAAAUCGUCUUGUCGCGUUGCCAAAUCCGCGAAAAGCCCCUACUGUGGCACCGCCGCCGCUAUCUCCAGGGCCAGAGGCGACUCAGGGCGAUGGAUCAUUCUUGUUAUCACCUACCUCCAAGAAAGACACGGAAUUUGACUUUAAUUUGCAUGCAUCGCCCAACUUCGUCUUUGCCGAGGAUAGUCCCAAACAAAAAAGGGGAACGCUUACCUUCAUUUCACCACCCAAGCCUGCCACAGAGUUUCCCUUCCCGUCGCCACCAGCCCCCAAAACAACCCAAUCGUCACCACAACCAGUCGACGAUCAUGGUAGUACUGCGUCGCAAGUGGAGCAAGCAAAGAAUUAUUUGAAGAUCAAAGACCCCAUUUGGUUGAGCAUGUAUGCGCAAUUGGAGGCGGCUCGGGUAACUUUGUACUCUCUAGGACACACGGACAAGUGGGUUUCUGGCAAUGUACGACAAGCCCAAAGAAUGAAACCGGACAUGCAUGGGGAUGAGCAGCCUUUGAAUCAUUGGGUCUUGGAUCAACAGGAAAUGUACCGGGAGCAUUGCGCAUGGGAGGAAGCAAAGCAUCAAGAACGAACACAGCAGAUGCUUCUCCAAUCCACCGCAGCAAAGACAGGCGGAGCGGAAGCGUCAGGAACUGCACAAGCAACGCAGGUCGAUUCAGAAGACAGCAAUGGAACCACCACAAAAAAGGCACCCGCCAAACCCAGAGGAGCUGGGUCUUCUGAAACUGUCACAGAAACAGGCACAGACGAAGCUCCCGAGAAUAGCGGCAAGGCCAAUAGCACCAAACUGGCCAUGACGAAAGAAGGCAAACAAGCUGCUACAUCCUCUGCAAAAGGCCAUGCCAAAGCAAGAAACAAGAGAAAGAAAGCACCACUAACAUGCGCCGAGAACGAACCAAGCAAACUACGUUCGUUGCGAAGUCGAAUUAGCCGUAAGCGAACGAAGCAACGACUUCCUCGUGCAGCGAAAACAAAACAAGGAUCCGAUGACGAUGAGGACGACGCCAACAAAGACGAGUCCAAUAAGAUUGCUAGCAUCGAGUCAUCUGGAACUCCAGAAGCACCGCUGGGCGACAAGGAGGCAAAUGAAUCAAACCAAAAACCCAAUGCCAAGAAUCCAACGGCAGUCGCCGAUGAAAAGGCACAGACAUCAAAUUCAGAAGCCCAGAGCACAACAGAAGUGCGCCCCCCAGCACAAGAAAACGCUACGUCUGAUACUGGAGAAAAUGGAAAGACUGGGCCGGGAGAGGGAAUCGCGGCGGAACAAACGUCAAAGCCUACUGGUGAGGAGACAAGUGUCGUGCCAACGGUGGCUCAAGGUGCCUCCAAUGCCGGCAAAGUAAACGACCCGGACGACCCCUGGGAACUCCCUCCAUUGAACCAUGCUGCGGAGUCGUUGGGAGAGCCCGAGUCGUUAGGACAGCCCGAGUCAUGCGUUCCAGACGAUAAGGUCAACAGUGAACAAAGGAUCCAAAAGAUUCGAGAAAUGCAGCGUGCGAAGAUCUUGCUGCUAGAUGACAUCCACUUUAUCUGGCAACCAGAUCAGGAACCACCAGCCGACGCACCCCAAGAAUGGAAGGAUUCAUUCUACGACUUGAGGGAAUACGUUAGAUCACGCGGCGACACUGCAGUUUCAGAUUCUGUCGAACUGGGGUCAUGGGCGCAGCUUCAGCGAAUGAAAUACCAACGAUCAAUGACAAUGAUGACUAAGACUUCAGUCGCUACUGGAGAGACGCCACCGACACAAGCACCUCCACUGUCAAGAGGGCAAAUGGCAGCACUACGUGGCAUUGGAUUCGACUGGGAUGACCUGGAAUCCAGCCAGUUUUACGUUAUGUACUUGAAACUGGUUGAAUUCAUCCAUCGAGUUGGAGAUGGUAUGGUGCCACCCCCAAUCAGGUUUUUUCGCGAAGAUGACAUUGAUGACGACGAUGUGAUGGUUGCCACCCGCGCUGACCCGAAGCUCUACUUUUGGGUGCAACGACAGAGAUAUGAACAUGUCCGCUUCUUGAGAGCAAAGGAGAUCGCAGAACAGAGAGCCGCCGGAGUUGAUGAAGACGGGCAUGCCUUAGUGCUUCAGCUGCUAGAGGAGGAAGAGCAGUCGGUGGAGCAUUCUUCAAAGCGGAGGAAGACAGCCGACGACAAUGACGAUUGUACGGUUAUAGCAGAUCUUGUUGGCACACCAGGGAAACACUUGUUGAACGGCAAUACGGGAAUGACAUCAUCGAGCAUAGACGCGGACAAAGAAAAUGAGCAAAAUGGCAAACCAAUCAAAACGAGGAAAAGACACACCAAAUCUAGGAGAGACCCGUUGUCCAAAGCGAAGGCUGGGCUCCGGAAAAACACAGUUAUUUUGCAAUCGUCAGACGCGGUGUCCACUUUGACACAGGCGCAGGUCGACCUUCUGACUAGAGCAGGCUUCAUUUGGGCCACCGACCUUUCCUUUAAUUGGAUGUAUCAAUACCGCAGAUUACAAGCUUUCUUCAUCAAAAAUGGUCACUCAAGGGCUACAAGGGCUGCCACUGACGCCAGUUUGAAACUAAAUCGUUGGUGCACGAACAUGAGGACAUUGCAUCAAAGGAGCAUCAAGGGGCUAGAGUUCGGUAUGUCGCUAGAGAAACAAAAGCUUCUUGCGAAACUCGACUUUCGGUUUGAGUUUGAAGAUAUGCCGGAGAGGGUCUCUUUUGACGAACGAUACCAGUGGCUCGUCAAGUAUAAGGAAGAGGAAGGUCACGUUAACGUACCUCAAAAGCACCCCACACUUGGCCAUUUCGUCAAGCGUUUGCGAAAAGAAUACCUGUCCUACUCUCGAGGAGAGAAAUACAUGAACCCUAGAAAAAUCCAAUUGCUCAAUGAGAUUGGAUUCAAUUGGAGUGUUCGAAACCAUCAAGGAUUCAGAAGAGCCAACAAACCCAGAUACAAGGAGGUCGAAGACGACGACUACGAUGAAGAAGACGACUUCAUGGUUGCAGAACGGUCACCUCCUCCCAAGAACGACAAAUUGCGGACUGAAAGCAUCGUCGCCAAUGCCGUGUCCAAGAAGGCAUCUUCAGUCUCUGAAAACGAGUGCAUUGGUUGUUAUGGAACCAUCAUUUUUGCCAGUGCCAAGUGCGAGUCUUGUCGUGGCGUCUAUUGCCAUAAUUGCUUCGACGAAGUCUGCACCAAUGAUCAAGAGUGCACUAAAUGCAUGGGUACCGUCAUUUCAACGUCCUAGAGCCACACAUUAGUUCUUGUCGGCCGGGGCGAGACUGGAAAUCAUACCAAAACUGAGUGCUAUUUUUUUGCCUCAACAAUCAGUUGUACAGUGGUGGUGCCCCGGUUGGACAAGUGGAUGGACGAUCAAUCCUGAAGGCAGUAAAUGAAGCUUGACCCGACUUGUCUCUUCGAAAUGGCUGGGUCUCUUCCUUUAUCUCGUCUUGGGUUCCAGUACGGUACAGGGCGAAUUUCAUGAUCGCAACCUGUGCUUUUACAAUGCCAUCUACAGUACCGUUAUGCACUACAUACGGUACCUGGUAGCACGCACCUUUAGCUAAAUGUCAAAUUUGCUUUCAAGUUUCUCCUUGUCGGGGCUCAUACUCAGUAUCCUCGUGCCACCGUGCAAUCUACUGUGGACCGGAACAGUACGAGUAGUGUAGCCCUUCGAAGGCAAGCGCAAGAACAGACUAAUAGAACUACGGCAGCUAAUUUUUAGCUACCUACCUACAUGCCCCCUGGUAGCCAUGUAGCUAGCCAGCCAGAAACAUGAAAGCAAUCUUUGCUUGCUUGCUUUCAAACACCGCUUCCCUCCUGUUGGCGCAGAGAUCAGUUGCGUGGCUGCACAGCGUGGAAGCAAACCACGCCACCUCUGCUGCACAGAGUGGAAUUGCUUCUGUGACGUGUUCAGCGUUCCGCGAAAGAAGAUCUUCGACGAGCUCGAGAGAAAGAUGAGGUUGCA